AUGAGUGAUUACAGGGAUUAUAUCAAGGAAGAAGACGAGGACGAGGACGAGGCCCUAGAAAAUCACUCGGAAUCAUAUAAGCAAACUGAAGUCCGUGAGGCAAUCGCGUUUCUCAUCGAGAUUACCCCAGAUUUAUUACUCCAUCCAACAUCACCAGAAACUACACUUUCCACCAGCAAUGAAUCGUCAAAAUUAUUUGAACUACUAUCGAGUAUAAAUGAGCUCAUGCAGGACUUGAUAAAGACUUCGAAAAACACAGGCGUGGGCCUAUAUUUCUACAACUGCCAAACCAUAUCACCACUACGCAAGAUGCAAAACCCACCGGGCUUUAAUAGAUUGUUUUCACUAGACCCUGUGAAUCUCCAUCAUAUGAAAAGACUUAAUGACGUAAUCGAUGAUUUACAACGAGGGAUCAUAAGCUCGUUGCAUGACGUGUUCAAGUACCAGCCAAUGGAGGAUGAAAUACAAUUAACCACAAUAAUGAACAAGAUGAUCGAUGAGUUCAUUGCCAAAAAAAUGUUUAAUAAACAAAGGUUGAUUUGGAUUACUACAAACGACCAGCCAUACAAACACAAUAAAACCAAGGAAGCUUUAUGGAGGAUCAUUGAUGAUUAUUAUGCAUAUGGAUUUUAUAUCGAGCCUUUUUUCAUCAAACCGCUGGAUAAGCGAGAGUUUGACUUCCAACCAUUUAAGGAUCUAUUUAUGAAUACUGAUUUUUUAAAAAAAAAGCAAACAACAACAAUGAGUCAAUUACCAGGUAGUAACGAUGCAAAGGAUGUUGGAGACGAGGCAUAUGCUAACGUAGGUGAUGAAAAGUUUAAUCACGAAAACACGGGGUUUUCCAAGAAUAGUUUGGUGUUGCGAAAAUCUAUAUUGGGCAGUCAAAUUAGGAAAAGUAUAUUGGGUAUUAAAGAGGUGAAACGCGUAUUGUUUACAUGCAAUUUAAUUUUGAGCGAUGGUGGAACCUUGGGUGGUGGAUUUGGAUGCACAGUAAAAGGGUAUCAAUUGUAUACACAUGAAAAAGUAAGGAAACGAGAUUUCUAUGUUUAUACGAGAGAAGAAACUAUCAUGAAAGUGUUUACAGAAACCAAGUUGGUUAAAGAAGGUGGUGUUACACCACCAAAAGUGAUUGAGUUGAAAAAAGAGCCAAAGUUGAGUUUUAGUGAAAAGAAAGAUGAAGCUGGGAUUAGAAAAGGUUUUUUUGUUGGCGAUAAAGAUAUCUUGCUUCUUGAUAAGGAACAAAUGGACUUUUUUAAAAAUUAUACAUUUGACCAUAGACAAGUCGAGGGAAGUCAGGCUGGGAAGAGUGGCGGUGAUGAUGAUGAUGAUGAUGAUGACGAGGGCGAUGAUCAUGAGGAUGAGAAUGAAAGAGGGGAGGGAAAACAAGAGCAGGAUUAUGCACUUUCACAAGCGUAUUCGAAACCACCGUAUCUUCAGCUUAUUGGAUUCCGUGAUUUGAAACACUUUAAUCCUUCUUUGUGGUGCGGUACUGCUGAGUUUGUUACUGCGGACGUUGCAGAAACAACAACACCUAAUAACGAAGUUGUAUUUACCAACUCAUUACAAACUUUUGCUUCGCUUUAUCGAUCGUGUAUUAGGCUUAAGAAAUACCCUGUGGUGUUUGGGUGUACAAGGAAGAAUAUGCGCCCGUAUUUGUAUUCAAUGUACCCAACCCGGUGUGCCCGGUCAACUAAAAAUUAUAAGAAUGCAGAUGACCAAGAUGUUCUAGAUGAUCAAGAUAUUCAAGAUGAUCGAGACGGCACAGAGUUCCCUGAAGGCUUUGUACUUGUCAAGAUGCCGUGGCUUGAAGAUGUGCGAGCUUUGCCGGCAGAAUAUAUCAAGAGUGUUUUGAAUUCUAGCGAGAAGCUUGCACUAAAGACUGAUUCAGUUUUGGUUUCUCAAAUGACUCAAUUGAUCCAAUCCAACAAGAUGUCGUCAUAUGCUCCACGAGAUUGGCCUAAUCCAUCAUUGAACUAUUUUUACAAAGUGCUUAAACAUGAAGUACUUCAAACCGAGUUUUUUCCCAAUGAGAGAACAUUGACGAAGAAUGAUAUUACCGUGCAGAAGCUUGCCGAAUUGAAAAAUCGUAUGUCUGAGAGCGAUAAGCUGCUAAUUAAACGGAUAAAUGCACGUAUUGGGGAAUUGGGUGAUUGUGUAAAGAAGCGGGUGUUGCAAGAGGAUGUGUUGGUGGAUGCAAUAAAUGAACAAGAGAGGGCUAAGAAACAAAAGUUGAGCAAGAAAUCGGUUGUUGAGUUGAGUGAAGCAGAUGUUCUUUUAGCAUGGAAGAGCAAUACACUAAAUAACUUUACAAUGGACCAGUUGAAAAUGUUUAGGAAAAAAUACCCAGAUAUCAUGACUGCCGUGAAGAAACAAGAUAUGGUUGAUAAUAUUGCUGCAUAUUUGGAAGAGAAUAGAAUGAAACAUUAG